CCAACAGUAUUCAGUGUGUGUUUGGCAAACAACAAAUUUUGUGGCCAAAUCAAUAAAUUGGAGCGUGCGAGAGCGAGCGCUGCGCAAAAGAGAAACGAAACCCGCAGCAAGCAACGCAUAGAGGAGAAAAAAGCCAUGCCGCACAACAAUCAGAAUUCCGAUGAUGAUCAGCUGGGACCGCCCAAGGCCGAUUUCAGUGCACCGCCGCCAUACGAGGCGAAUGUGGGGCCACAGGGCACGCUGCAGGAUCAGAUGCCCUCGCUGUCGCUGACCACACAUGUGAGCGGACACGAGAUGGGUGGCCAGUUGCAGCUGCAGAUGCAGUGUGGCGAUAUGGUGGGACAGUUGCCGCAGGACAUGCACGGAAAGCUGCCCACAUACGAGGAGGUGCAGAUGGAAAAGUCGCUGAAUGGAGAGCUGCCGCCCGCAUUUCUGACGCUGCCCUCGAACCAACAGUUGCCGCCGCCGCCGAAUCCGCUGCUGCCGCCCAAUCCGCUGCGCGAUGGUGCGGCUGCGGUGCGUGCCGCUCAGCCGGCGCUGACGUUCAUCGCCAUCGAUGCCAGUGAUCCGGAGAACAGUCUCUCGACCACCGACAACUUGCUCGGCACGGACAUCAUGUUCAUCACGGCCUUCAUUGUGGCUUUUCUCUUCAACUGGAUCGGCUUCCUGAUGCUCACCUGUUUCUGUCACACGAUCGCCGCCCGGUACGGCGCUCUCUCCGGCUUCGGCCUGUCUCUGGCCAAAUGGACUCUGAUUGUCAAGCACUCGACGGAUCUGGCCUCGCACGAGAACUCCUGGCUGUGGUGGUUGAUCUGCGCCUUUGGCUUCCUCAUCAGCAUACGCGCCCUCAUCCAGUAUGUGAGCAUCAAGCGGUCGUGGCGCCUCCUCUCCGCCUCGGCCCAGGAACGGUUGCUAUUCUUCUAUUAGGUGCGGGGUCAGGCGACGUCGCCUGUGGCGGAUGCCAUGUAAAUACGUUAGAUAUACGAAGAAACAGAAGAAUAGAGAGAGUGCGAGCAAGUUAGUUUGGAAUCGGCGUCCUAGGAGUGGCAGACGUUGUGUAUGACCCCUACCUUUCGAGCAGCCCAAUUCCUAAUUCCUGAUUCAAAUCCGAGCAGUCCCUCAGCGCAUAACAAACACAGAAAACCAUUAUCGAUGCGAACUUAUUCUGGAUUAGUGUUUUCCUCUAGUUAAUGUGUUAAAGAGCGCAACUUAGUCCACGGAUCCCAUAAUAGAUGUGUAGCAUUAAAACGUUAACUAAAUGUGUGUUGAGCAGCAGGCAGUGUGAAGGCGGAGGGUGCCUGUGCCACCUGCUAACCAAUUGAAUCUAAAUGUAAAUGUAAAUGUAUGUGAAUGUGUUAAUGGAUAUGAUAUCUCUCACCUGUAUUACGCGUAGCUUAAACCAUCACAAACUCAACCCCCGAAUCCCUUAUUCCCUUAGGCCAGCUAGUGGCGCAUCCGCUCCAACACUUGCACCAGAAACAAAGACACAAAACAAAAACCAAAAACAACACAAAAAAACAA